UUGUAAAGAAAAUCAUAUUUAUAUUUAAAUAUAUUUUAACGCAAAAGUGACCAGCUUGCAGCCAGCAUGCAUUUACCCCAAAAUCAUCAAACAAUUUAAAAUCCUGACCAGGAAUGGCGAAACAAACCAAAAAAUUCCUAUAGACAGAAGCAAGAAAGAUAAACAUAAAAAUUGCUACAAUUGUUGAGUCAUCAACAAAUUAGAGGCCCCCGAAAUUUGCAAAAAAAAAAAAUAGAAAGGGGACGUGGUAGCCACAGAAAACUUUACAAAAACGAAAGUAAGAAAGCAACGGAGCGAGAGAUAGAGACGAAAGGAAAGUCAAACUAACAAAAAUGGAAGACUAUAAAUUCUUAUUCAAAAUCGUCCUAGUUGGUAAUGCUGGUGUUGGCAAAACAUGUCUAGUUCGCCGUUUCACGCAAGGACUCUUUCCUCCCGGUCAAGGAGCCACAAUUGGCGUGGAUUUCAUGAUCAAAACUGUGGAAGUUGAGGGGGAGAAAAUUAAAUUACAAAUCUGGGAUACAGCCGGCCAAGAACGAUUUCGUUCCAUUACCCAAAGUUACUAUAGAUCGGCGCAUGCAUUGAUAUUGGUCUAUGACAUUAGUUGCCAACCGACGUUCGAUUGCCUUCCGGAUUGGUUACGUGAGAUUCAAGAGUAUGCCAAUUCGAAGGUAUUGAAAAUCCUUGUCGGCAACAAAACCGAUCGCGAUGAUCGUGAGAUACCAACACAAAUUGGUGAAGAGUUUGCCAAACAACAUGACAUGUACUUCCUGGAAACAUCCGCCAAAGAGGCCGAAAACGUAGAGCGUUUAUUUUAUGAAAUUGCUGCCGAAUUGAUUGGUCAAGCUAGGAGUAAGGAUGGCAGUGCUGCGGCGGCAGCAGCAGCGGCUGCCCACAGGCAAUCGGAGGGCAGCGGUGUCGGCAGUUCCAUUGGUUUGGCCAGUUUAAGUGCCAAGGCGGCGCAAAGCAAUUGCUGCGGUGGAGGAGUAUCAAAUGGUAGUAGCACUAGUCAAGGUCAUGCGGGCUGAAAACCCGCCCCAAAAAGCUAAGAGAAGGAGGAUGGAUGAUGAAACUGUGGAAAGGAAAAAUGCAAUUUUUAAAUGGUUACAUUUCGGGGAUAAAAACUAAAACCUAAUUAAUAAGAAUUAGGAGUUUUCUUACAUAAAAAAAAAUUGCCAAAAGUUCUAUUCAGAUAUUUUGAAAAACUUACAUUUUCAAUUCAUGGAAUUUUAAAAUACAUAUAUUUUGUAAAUGAUGCACAAUUCUCAUAUUUAAAAAUUAUUUAAUAUUUUUUUGUGAUUUUUUUAUAUAUGUAUUAUACAAAUAUGUAUAACUAUAAAGUAUAACUUUUAAAUAUAAUAUAAUUUUUAUAUAUUUAUUUUUGCACAUUUAAGAAAAUGUUAACAAACAACAAAAAAUUAAAUCACACUUAAAACUUCCCCCGAUCUAAGCCAUUUAACAAAUGACUAAGGAUGCUAAAUAUUUGUGUUAAAAAAAAAGUAAAACCAACUCCAUUGAAUGUGUAGCUCUUAAUAAUGCGCCUGAUUUUUAAUGUAUUAGUAUUAUUCUUAUCUAGUUGUAUAUUUUUAGAUAUAUGCCUAUUAGUUUUUAUAUACUAAUGCACACUAAAAUUUGUUU